CACGUGACUGUGAUAUAGAGAGCUGUCCCUGAAAAGCCACCAUUCGAUCUACAGGAACUAUACUAUACAGUGCAGUACAACACACACAGCAGUUGACAUGACUACUCGUCACCCCUCUUCCCACAAAAACUCACCAACAAGUUCCGACCUGGAAAUGUCCGACCAAGAAGCAAAGCAAAACCGACCUCUACGGGAGCGAUUAGCCAAAGACAAGUUCAGCAUUGCCCUUCUAUUGUUUCUGUACAUACUGCAAGGCCUUCCGAUAGGUCUGGCUGGCUCAGUGCCAAUCAUCCUCCAAAUGAAGAAAAUUGGCUAUCGACAACAAGCUCUGUUCAGUUUAGUGACUUGGCCAUUCACCAUUAAGCUACUGUGGGCUCCUCUCGUUGACUCUGUGUACAGUCGCAGUUUUGGUCGUCGCAAGUCGUGGCUUGUGCCCUCCCAGUACAUGAUAGGACUCACAAUGAUCUUCCUCUCGUAUCUUAUCAAGGGGUUGCUUGGAGACGAAACCACAGCCCCUAGUGUGGUCAGUCUGACUGUGGUGUUCUUUUUCCUUCAUUUCUUAACUGCUACACAAGACAUUGCCGUUGACGGUUGGGCUCUUACAAUGCUCUCGAAAGAAAACGUUGGCUAUGCCUCAACUUGUAACACCGUUGGACAAACGGCUGGAUUCUUCCUCAGUUACACACUCUUCUUGGCUCUGCAAUCGACAGAAUUCUGCAACUCUUACAUUCGCUGGGAACCUCAAAGCACGGGCCUAGUGGAGUUACCAUCAUUCAUGUACGUGAUAGGAAUAAUAUUCAUGAUUGUGACUACGUUUAUCUGGUGGUUCAAGCAAGAGAAAAGAGAAGAGUAUUCUGAGGAGAAGACACCGAUUUCCAAUGGCUACUGGCAGCUGCUGGGUGUGCUCAAGUUGCCUAAUGUGCAGAUGUAUGCCCUGGCAAUACUCACAUCAAAAAUUGCGUUUGCUGCAGCGGACAGUGUGACUGGGCUCAAGCUGAUAGAGGCGGGGCUACCCUCUGAGCGGAUUGCCCUCAUGGCAGUGCCUCUGGUGCCUGUGCAGAUAGUAUUACCGUGGAUCAUCAGCCGAUUCACAACUGGUCCACGGCCACUGGAUGUCUUCAUGAAAGCCUACCUGCCUCGAGUGUUAAUGGGUGUGGCAUUUGCUGCCAUUGUGUGGUGGACACCCCGUGUCAAUAACGAUGGGAGCUUCCCAGUCUACUAUUACAUUAUCGUUAUCGGAGUCUUCUUGGUGCAACAGGUGUUUGCCUACUCCAUGUUUGUGUCUGGUAUGGCCUUCCAUGCCAAGAUCAGUGACCCGGCCAUUGGAGGCACGUACAUGACCCUCCUCAACACCAUCAUGAACAUGGCGGGGACCUGGGUUGGCACGCUAGCUCUAUGGCUGACUGAUAAUGUCUCUGUCAAGGACUGUGAAGGAGUCAGUGAUGAUAGUCUGGACUGUGACACUAUGCACGAGUUGCAGGCAUGCGAGGCAGCUGGGGGCCACUGUGUGACAUAUGUAGACGGAUACUAUGUGGAGAUGGUGCUAUGUGUGACAGUCGGGGUGAUCUGGGUGUGGUGGCAGCGUAAGAGGAUAGGUCAACUGCAAGACCUCAGGGAGGACCAAUGGAGAGCAAGAACUUAAUUAGUCAUCAUAAAAUUAAUGAUUAGGACUAAUGCAUUUAUACAGUUAUGCACACGUAACUACAAUAGCUUUGUUAUACUCAAAUCAUUUAUUUUUGUGGUGUCCAGUUUGACCCCUUAAAAACAGCACAAAUAAUAAUUUAAUGGUGGCACAAAAA